UGGCAAAAAAAAUACUGCAGCUGUCAAAUAGUGAAAAUGGUAUAAAUCUAGAGAAAUUCUUAGCAAAUAUAAAUAAAAUCCCUAUAAUUGUUAAGAGUUACAGGAAUUUGUACCAGUGUUGAAGAGGAUACUCAAGAAAAUGGCAGCUUCAUACGGUUUUCUUUCAAAUCCAGCAAAGUUGACAAAAGAGUGGCAACCUAAGCUGCAUGAGUGGAGUGUUUACCAUUCAAGUCAUCCAGAUGUUGCAAGGGAUGGUUGGCGAAAAUGGAGUGGAGAAAGACCAGACUGGUAUGCAUGGAAAUCAUCAUCCAAAAAUCCAGACUGGUACAGACGUAAUGUGAACACAAUAAGGAGAGCGGAUUACAAGAAUAUCAACUGGGUAUAUGAACAACCUUCAAAACCUACAAGCCGUGUUCACGAUGAUUUUAUCUCUGUUACAAACGAGGUUAUGCAGAAGGACAUGUUAAAACCUUUACCACCAAAUAGAUAUUAUGCAGGUGGAAUGACACACCCAAAACCCGACCCCAUUCCCAAAGAAGUGCCAGUACCUAAAUGGGGUCUUUACAACCCGCCCCAUUAUGAAGAGCCAAUCAGAUACAACCAUUUCCCACCAAUAAAAUACAACGGUUAUAAAUAGAUUUUUAAAUAGAUGGAAAUAUAUUGAAUAUUAGAUAUUCA